UUGCGGCUAGCGAACCACGAGGGCCGCCCGUCGCCGCAGCACCAGGGCGAGGUGACCGACGCCCUUCGCCUUCAGGAAAUGCGAAUGGAACACGCUCUUCGCCUCCACGGCGACCCGCGAGCACUGCCCACCUCCCUCCCCGGCCCCCUGGGGUUCCCCCUGGCCCCGCCUCAGCACCAACCGCAGCAGCAGAGCGCCUGAACACAACUCCCGCCCCCCGCCUGGGAGCAAGCCCUUCUGCCCCCCGCCUGGGAGCACCGCCCCCCGCCACUCGCCUGUACUAGUCCUCUGGUGAACGUGUCAUGACUGUACGUCUGUCUGUCACAUCGCCUUGGUUCCACCUUUGUUCUGUUGUGUUGUCGUAUUUUUAGCUGUGAUAAAACGAGAUAGUUCCUGGCAGGAACUAUGUAUUAAUUUAAUAAUCACUUCUCUGUGUUAGUUCCUUGAGUUGUUGUUGUUAAUCAAGGGUGCUGAGCGUGGAGGUCUCGGCAAGGCCUGGGGGUCCACGCACGCCUGGGGGCCCUCUGGUCGCUCCCCGCCAGAACACCGCCACCGUGGCCGACACGUCCCAGGCGCUCCGAUGGUCGCCCUCCCGACAGUUCCUCAACAGUUACUUUAAGUGCAAUUUUAGGGACCAGCGGUCUGUGACACUCAAUACCUACGGAGAAGAGGAGUCGUCCUCGCUUGCGCCCGCGUGGCCCCGCCAUGCAUGCUGCAAGAGCAGGCGCUCCAGGGGCGCGGGAGCCGCGAGGGCAGCGUCCCUCCAGGCUCUGCCCCCACAGGUGACCCAGUGAGGCAGGCGCUGCUGUAUACCAUAAGUUCAUAUUGCUUCCAUGGCUUGACAUGAUUGCAGUCAUUGUGUACCUGUAAUAAAAAAGAAAUCUAUCUUUGUACAUUAUAAUGCAUAAUACGCACCAGUGUUGGUGGUGUACAUUAAGCUUUGCACAGCCGAGUGUAGAAAAUGUUCAAGGUCCUAAAACAAGCAUACAAUCAAACAACACCUUCUGAUAGUGAUAAUCUCUCGAGUUGUGCGUGAGGAGUGGCCACCUCCCUCGGUGAUCCCAUCGUCUGCAGCACGGCGCCCCGGGGCACCUCCAGGGGACUACCUAGAGAGCCACCCCUCUCACCCACGGCUGGAGGGUCCCCGUCAGGAGGGACGCAGGUUCCCACGUGGAGAGUUGUCUACAAGGCCUCGGGCGUGUCCACCCGCUGCCUGUAGUGGCGCCACACCACAUCCUGCGGCGGGAGGAAGAGGAUGAUUCAAGCUCUGAAAAAGUUAGCUGCUGACGACGAGGCAGCCAGAAUGACGUCCACUCUCCCUCCAUCAUCAAAAAGACGCCGCCUACUCCGUUUGAUCCUCCUUCACCUUCGCUCACACCACGCAGGCACGUUCACUCUCGCUCACACUACGUCAGCUCCUCGACAAAGUGUCACAGUGGACCACUAUUUUGUUCCAGAUUUUCUAUAAUGUUGAUUGCUCAGUUACCGACAACCAUAUAGAAAGAUGGCUGGAGUAUUCGAGCUGAGUACUGUGCCGUGCUGCCAGAGAAGGACUUGGAAAAAAUGAAAACAAAGGUUUAAUCCUUGUUGAACAUGUAUAAUUACUUUAGUUCAUGUGGACUGAACAUAACGCAUGUGUAAUUAUCAAAUCUGUUUAUACAGUUGCACAUUUAAGUGUCUAAUUUUCUGAUUACAAUUCAUCUGCGCAAUAUUGUAAUAAGUGUACAUUUCCAUCAAGUAGCUUUGAAGGCAAAGAGAAUGAUUGUGUGUCAUUGCAACUAUAGUCUUAGGCAACUUUAGCAUAGGGAAGUAGCCAUCAUACUUGACAUGGUCCUCUUUCAACUCUGAUCCAGUGAUUUCAUGUACAGAUUGAAUAGUAAGAUUUUUAUAGCUUCA